UGGAAGAAUAUGGGGAAAGAGAACAGCUCAGCACCGAUAAUCUACUCUGACGACAUGUCGCUGAGCGUAAUUGAUUUUUAUUUUGUUUCCCUCCCGGCUGUGUGAAGAGAAGAAUAGCAGCAGUGGCAGAGGAUGACACAGAUCGAAAGAUAAUUAAUAUAGAGAAGAGAGCUGAUUUUAACGGCGUUUUGAAAUCUAUAAUCAAGGCGUUUAAAUGGAAGAGUAUCCGGAGGAAUUAAGAACGCCGCCGGUGAGUCUAAUAGCAUUAGUAGGAUGUCCCGAGCACCAUCCUCUAAUCUCAACGCAUCUCCUGGCGGAGCAGCCUCCGAUCAACACCCUCGCCUUGCCUGACUUGUCUAAGAUCUCUCUCCUCUUAACUUCCAACAAUAUUAAAAACACUACCGCUCCUGAUUCAACCACUGCUACGCCGGCAGCUGCCGGCAUUAUCAAGAGAGAUUGGCUUCUUAAACACCGCACUAAGGUUCCUGCUGUCGUUGCCGCUCUCUUUACCUCCGAUCAUGUCUCCGGAGAUCCCGCUCAGUGGCUUCAGCUCUGCUCUGACCUAGAUAAUCUCAAAGCGUUGAUUCGUCCAAAGAACAUCAAAUUGGUCAUCAUCAUCGUCCACUCUGCCUCCACUGCAGCAGCUGAUGAUAUAAGUGAAGAUCGAAUGAUUGCACUGCGAAAGCGAGCUGAAUUAGACUCCAAAUACCUUAUUGUCUUCAGUCCUACUGAUUCUUUGCACGUUAAACAAUCCCUCUCUAAGCUAGCCAGCAUAUUUGCUGAAUUAGCAACAACUUAUUACAGAGAUGAAGGUCGCAGGAUUAAAACUCGUGUUGAAAAGAAGAAUUUCAACUCUCAUGAGUUAAAUAUUCGUUAUUGCUUCAAAGUUGCUGUAUAUGCAGAGUUCCGCAGAGACUGGGCUGAAGCUCUGAAAUUUUACGAGGAUGCAUAUCACAUACUUCGGGAGAUGGUUGGCACGGCAAACAGGUUGCCUGUGAUUCAGCGAUUAGUUGAGAUAAAAUCUGUUGCUGAGCAGCUUCAUUUCAAAAUAUCAACAUUAUUGUUACAUGGUGGAAAGAUAAUUGAAGCCAUUACAUGGUUCCGCCAACACUUUACUUCUUAUAGGAAGCUCUUAGGAAACUGUGAAUUUCUUCAUUGGGAAUGGAUGAGCAGACAGUUUUUGGUAUUUGCCGAAUUGCUUGAGACCAGUUCGAAGAUUCCUAGCCCUAAUAGUCCAGCUUCAGGCACUCCUGAUAGGUCUUUAAUUGAAUGGGAAUUUCAGCCUGCUUAUUACUAUCAGUUAGCUGGUCAGUACCUGAAAGAGAAAAAAACAUCUUUUGAGCUUGCCCUAGCAAUGUUGCAAACCAAUGAUGAAAUUGAUAGUAAUUCUGAAUCCGUGGUGCCAUCAAUUUAUGUGGGUCAGUUUGCUCGAUUACUUGAGCAAGGGGAUACAUUUUCUAUGCAAUCUCUUACUGAUGAGGAGUACACUAGUUUUGCUAUUUUAGAAGGAAAAAGAUUUGAAGAUUCCUUUGAAAUUAUUGCCCUUCAUAAAAGAUCUUAUGAAUCAUACGUCAAUCUAAAAGCACAGAGGAUGGCUUCUUUUUGUGGGUUUCAGAUGGCUAGGGAAUAUUUUGAAGUGGGCGACUUCAGCAAUGCAAAACAAUUUCUUGAUGGUGUCGCAGCUUUAUACAGACAAGAAGGAUGGGUCACUUUAUUGUGGGAGGUCUUGGGUUAUUUGCGUGAGUGCUCAAGAAAAUGUGGAAUAAUCAAGGAAUUUAUGGAGUACUCCCUUGAAAUGGCUGCGCUGCCAUUAUCAACUGGUGCGGGCUUCCAAUCUUUAAGGUCUAAAGACUUUGGUCCAGCUGGUCCUCCAAGUCUUGCUCAGAAGGAAGUUAUACAGAAGGAGAUUUUUCAGCUUGUCAGUGGAGAAGCAGGGAUAGCAUCUGCUGAAGAUAAUAAUGAUCUCCAAGUAAACAGAGAUAAUCCACUGCAUCUUGAGAUUGAUCUUGUCAGCCCUCUUAGGAUGGUACUUCUUGCUUCAGUUGCUUUUCAUGAACAGAUCAUUAAACCUGGUGUACCAGCCUUGAUUACGCUAUCACUUUUAUCACAGUUACCUGUUACCAUUGACAUAGCUCAAGUAGAAGUUCAGUUUAAUCAGUCAGACUGUAACUUUAUUAUCUUAAAUUCGCAAAAACCUCCUUCCACAUUGUUCAAUGGCCAACAAGGUCGGCGGGUUGAAACGGCUCCUACUCUAGCACUUGUUCCAAACAAGUGGCUGCGAUUGACAUAUGCCAUCACAUCUGAACAGAGUGGAAAGGUAGAAUGCAUAUAUGUUGUUGCAAAAAUGGGACCCCACUUUACAAUCUGCUGCAUGGCUGAAAGCCCUGCUUCAAUGGAUGAUUUAUCCCUAUGGAAGUUUGAAGACCGUGUGGAGACUUUUCCAAUCAAGGAACCUGCUCUUGCAUUUUCCGGUCAGAAAGUCGCCCAGGUUGAAGAACCAGAUCCACAAGUUGAUCUUAUUUUAGCUGAUAAAGGACCUGCACUAGUCGGAGAACUCUUCACUGUUCCUGUUAACUUGGCCUCCAAGGGUCAUGCUAUUUUUUCUGGUGAGUUGAAAAUCAAUCUGGUGGAUGUAAGAGGAGGUGGAUUGUUUAGUCCAAGGGAAGCAGAACCACUGUCUUUAGACAGCCAUUAUGUUGAGCUUCUCGGUAUUAAUGUUCCAGAAGGAGAAGAUGAAACUCAAACAGGCUCUGAUAAAAUUAUGAAAAUUCAGCAGACCUUUGGUUUGGUUUCUGUUCCAGUUGUGCAAAACGGUGAAUCAUGGUCCUGCAAACUAGAGUUGAAAUGGCAUCGAUCUAAACCAAUUAUGCUCUAUGUAUCAUUGGGAUAUUUUCCAGAUAGCAAUGAAAUGACUUCACAAAAAGUUCAUGUUCACAAGAGCUUGCAAAUUGAAGGAAAAAGUGCUCUUCUAACUAAUUAUCAGUUUAUGCUACCAUUUCGACAAGAUCCACUUUUGCUUUCACAGCUCAAGCCAGGCCCCAACUCUGAUCAACAAACAUCAUUGCCUCUAGGUGAAACAAGUAUACUUGUUGUUGGUGCCAAAAACUGCAGCGAGGUGCCAUUACAGUUGAAGUCGAUGUCUAUAGAAGUGGAUGACCAUAUUGAAAAGUCAUGUACCUCGCAAUGCAGCGGCGAAGAUCUUUUAAGCCCUGCUUAUCUUGUACCGGGAGAAGAGUUCAAAAAGGUUUUUACUGUAGUUCCCAAGGUGGAAUCAAAUAUCAACUUAGGGGCGGUGUCAAUAAAAUGGAGGAGAAAUUCAGAAGACGGUUCUAGUUCUGCUACAGAAGCUUGGGUUUCAACGAGUCAUAAACUUCCUGAUGUAAAUGUAGAGUUAUCCCCAUUGGUUUUGACUGUAGGGUGUCCUCCCUAUGCUAUUCUCGGAGAUCCCUUUACGUACUCGAUUAAAAUUCUAAACAAGACACCGUUGCUUCAAGAGUUGAAGUUCUCAUUGGCGGAUGCACAACCGUUUGUAAUAUCUGGAUCUCACAGCGACACAAUUUUUCUUCUUCCGAAAUCAGAACAUGUUCUUGGGUACAAGAUUGUGCCUCUUGCUUCAGGCUUGCAACAGCUGCCCCGAGUGACGGUGACAUCUGUAAGAUAUUCGGCUGGGUUUCAGCCAACUAUUGCUGCAUCUACUGUUUUUGUGUUUCCAUCUAAGCCUCAUUUUGAGAAAGCUGAUAUGGGAGACAAAGGAAUAGAACCCGUCGUAGCAGAGUAGUUCUGGUAAUUAUUUUGCAAAAAGUAAGUUUGUUGAUUGAGUGUUUGAUUGCUGCGCCAUGUGGACGGCUUGGUGCCACAUUAAUCAUGGAAGCGGAAAAAUCAAUAUGGUUCAGGUGUUUUUCUCGGAACAGAUCUUGCAGAAGACAAAUUCAGAAUCCUAAAGCAUUCUAAAACAAGACAUUGCACUUAUGGAAGACCAAAUUAUGUUUAUGUUGGUCAGAAGCUAUAGUAAAUAUGGUGAAACGAGUAUAUGAUAAAAGAAAAUGUACGGCUGCUGCAGAGAGUUUCUUGCUGAAUAAGUAAUAAAUUGUAAUACUAUAUAUUAGUUUAGGGAUUGUUUUUCUAGCAUUUUGGCAAAACUAAACUGUCACUAAAUCAGUAUAACUUUGAAAUGAAAGAAUUUAGAUUUCAGUUAA